UGGAGCUUCCCGUCUUCACUACGAAUGAGUGCAGACUUGUAUCUAGUAACGUGAUUAUAGCUUUAAAUACACCAAAGUUAGUUCGCUACCUGGUUUCUAGUAGCUGGCUUAACGAUACACAUGAGAAUGGAUCGAUGUAAUGUACCGUAUAGACAUGCAGCCAAACAUGGCUUUAAUGUAGAAAGACAGCUUUGCAGGUCGAUUAUAUUUAAAACCCUUUUGUUUAUAUACAUACAUACAUACAUGCAUGCAUACACUUUUAUUUAUUUAUUUUGUAGCUCUAGUCACGUAAGUAACGCUAUUAGAUAUGUUAAACUUGUAUCGAGUUAUGCCCCAAGAACUUCAGUUAGCUGGCUAACUAGUUAAUUAGCGAGCUAGCUAACUUGGCUGGCUUGAUGGUCGCUAACUGCUAUCUACCUAAACAACGACAGCUGACCAAGUUUGAGUGCUCCCUGUUGUUUACUUUUAAACAUUUUUAGCACUAUUUGCUAUUGUUACUGCUUCGGGUUCCGCAAAUUUUAAUCAAGAAAGAUGUUUUGAAGCUCCCCAUUUACAAACAGCUGUGUUGGCUAAACAGCUAGAUUAACUAGCUAGGUUUUGUUUGGUGAUUCGACUACUGUACAAGUGGAAUACAUUUCAAGUUGGCAAAAAGUUACCAUUUGUAACUUAAGCCAUUCUUUUUUUUUAUAUAACUCAAUUUUAACGUCGAGGACCUUAUGAAAAUGGUUAGUUUGUACUCGAUGCAUAACAUGUCUGAAGAGUUUUGUCGAAUGCUUGUCGUUACUAUGUUUUGUUUCAGGCAGUUCAUAAAUGGUUCCUGCAGGUAUGGUCAGCGUUGUUCUUAUCUGCAUGAAUGGCCAACGGUGCAGUCAGUCCAAGUAUGCAGGUACUUCCAAAAAGGUGGUUGCUGGUUUGGUGAUAGUUGCAGGUAUCUCCAUGUCGCUCCAUAUGUGGAUAAUGGAACUUCAGGUGGCAGACGAGGUUCAGCACCUGUAGUCCAUGCCUCUGCCUUAGUGGGUCAUACUUUGACUGACCGUCGUGGGUCUGAGCCUUCCCUUUUCCCAAGGCAAGGUGCACACAGUUGGAGUCGGAGAAGGUCUGAGCCUCUGGUCACAAAUUUGAGGCAACAGAGUUUGCAUCUUACUACAAAUAUUGCUGAGGAGGAAGAAGAUGCAGUUGCACCUCAACCACAGGAUGAGGGAUGGCAGCCACAGCAGUGUGAAGACCCUACUCAGUCACACAGCAGCAGUUUUGUGGGGUCCAUGUCUAAUGCAGCUUCUGCUGAAGUUAAGGGAAAAAAUGUAUCCAAAACUGGCAAUCAGGAAACCAGUAAUCAGUAUGGGGGUGUGAGUGGUGCUACUGCCUCAGCUGAGCAGGGACAAUCGGAAGCCUACAAUCAAAGCAAAAAUGUGUUGUGUGGCAUCUGCAUGGACAAAGUUUAUGAGAAAGCAACAGCAAGGGAGAGGCGCUUUGGCAUCCUGCCCAACUGCAACCAUGCCUUCUGCCUUGGUUGCAUUAUGACAUGGCGGAAGACUAAAGACUUCCAGGAAGAUGUCAUCAAGGCCUGUCCACAGUGCAGAGUAAAGUCGUCUUUUUACAUUCCCAGCAAGUUUUGGGUCGGUGAGGGUGAGCCAAAGGCAGAACUGAUUGCUUCCUUUAAAGCAAAAAGCAGUAAAAUAAAGUGCAAUUUCUUCAUGCACCAUGGAUACUGCCCUUUUGCUUCAGAGUGCAUCUUCAGCCAUGACUUGCCACCUGGGUACAGACCUCACCGCAGACGUUUCAGACCAAAGAAUACCACAGGCUUGCUGGGGAGUAUUGAUGGUGAAGACCAGCGAAUUCUGAGCUAUUUCAUUGCUCUGACACUUUUGGAUGAUGAGGACUUUGAUUUUCUUGAUGAAUAUGAAGUCUCUUGAGUGUUGGAUUCUGGGAGCUCAUUCUUAAAUAACUAGUUAAUUGCUUGGUGGUCCAUCUCUUACUCAUCUCUUGGAUGAGCUGGGUGUACAUGUCUCCUCUCUCCUGGUACAUGCUGGGGGCACUGCAUUAAAUGCUGCCUGAGAUCUACAGGUUGGUUUGCUUUCAGCCUCCAUAUUUGGCUAACUUUUAGUCAUGUUAAAUUUAUUGCAGUGGUGUUCAGUGGUGGGAGAGACUGCUGUCUUUGUACAUGUACUUGCCUUGGGAUGAGACCAGGUUUAGAUUCCCCCCCCCAGUACCUUUUGGAAAAAAGUGUUCGUGUGGUUUUGUUCACUUAUGUACUGUUUGGUAACAUUCGCCUCUGUGUAUGCCUCCUACUAAUUUGCACUUUUUUUCUUUUUUUUUUUGGUAUCACAGAUUUUGAUUUUAGUGCUGUCUUCAGUUAAUAUUUUAUUAAUCUAGAUUCUGCUACCUUAGCCAUGUUUAAAUCUAAACUACAGGCCAGUUUAUUUUUUAUAUAUAAAUAAAUAUUGGUGACAUUAUCUAAAACUAGGCUUGGUGCAGCUCUGGACAAACAGCUGUGCAAACUUGUUGGCAGGCUUUUGAUGAUCUGAUGUAUAUUGCAGUGUUGACAGGUUCAGGCAUCACCAAGACUUGGCAUUACAUUUUUAUAACUUUUAUUACCUUACAUGUUUUGCUGGAAGAAAAUUAAAAAUAAAAUGUUUGGAUUGCCUUA